AUGUGCAAACUCGCGCUCAUAAUUUUUAUUAUUACAGCUAUUGGAGUCGGGCUGUGGGCCAUUAUUAGAAGCCAAGACUCCGAUCCUUCAGAGUUCGUUUCGAGCACUACUCCGACAACUAUGGACAUCGUCAAUGAUGAGGAUGGCAGUGCCAAUUCCCAAUACAUCACCAUCACCAUCGUAUCCAUCACUAUCUUCUAUUGCUUCCUCUCAAUCGUGAGUGGAUCUAGAAUGUUUUUCUGUGCAUGGAAUUGUCUGCAGGAAGAAGAAUUAGACCUGUAG